CAAGACAUAAGGGAAAGAAGAAAGCUGAAGUCAUCUUCCUUCAUUCAUAUUUAGCUGAGAUAUUUCUCCUUGUCUUUUCAUCGUUAUCACCCGCCUUCAGAUAAUCUCCAUCAUCCUGCCGCUGAGAUGUCAACUCCAGAUGCAGGUACUCCAGGAGCUCCAGAGGGUGAGGGUGGCCCUCCAGCACCGGCCCCUAAUCUGACAAGCAACAGAAGACUUCAGCAGACACAGGCACAGGUGGACGAGGUGGUGGACAUCAUGCGUGUGAACGUGGACAAAGUCUUGGAGAGGGAUCAGAAGCUGUCAGAACUGGAUGAUCGGGCUGACGCCCUGCAGGCCGGAGCCUCUCAAUUCGAGAGUAGCGCUGCCAAACUUAAGAACAAGUACUGGUGGAAAAACUGCAAGUAUAUUUCUUCUACUGAGCUGCUCUUCAAAGAUGGACACACAAGUCAGAGGACGAGUCUGCACCAACAAAGCCGUACCAAAUCAAGCCUUUCCUCAGUGCUCUUCCUGCACUUUCUCCUCCUCUUCCUCAGAGAUACCUUCCUCAGAAACCUCCAUGCAUGGCCUGUGAUGUGCUCCAGAUCUUCCUUCUGUUUGUCUCUCUCCACCAGGCAGCUUUAUAGAAUUUAAUCGCCUCAACCUUCUUAAGAGAGCCACAUGGGGAAUGUUUACUAUACCAAGACAGUUUAUUGAAGGAUGUUACAUUUAUGUAAAAGUUGGGUACUAACUCACUGUUGACCUGUACAGCAUGCAACGCUUCUUCUUGCUGCUAUAACUAUAUUUCCUGGGAAGUUAAUCAGACAAGAAGUAAUCUGUUGUAUUUUCAGUCGAACCAAAAAGAUCUGUAGUAAACAGACAUCCCUGUUUGUUACUCAGUGAAAAGCUGUAUGUAUGAACCACAGUUACACAUUAAACUGUUUUGUCCAUUUUUUCUUUUAAAGCUUUCGCUGUUAGUUAAAAAUAAUAAUUAAAUCAGUUAAAUUGUCAGUAUUUACUUAUCACAGCAGCCCUUCGGUAAAAUCAGUGAAAAAUCUAAUUUUAGGGACGUUAGUUGUAUGAGAAAACUUUUACUUAAACUGUGUUUGAGUAUUAACUUGUAUAGAAUAAAGAUUUGGAGACUGUUUUCACAUGAGUAAUCAUGUCGAUACUGUGGGUUAUAGAUACAUAAAUUGAACUUGAUUAUGGUAAACAAAGGAAAUUAUGGUAUCAGAUAUGUCUCACACUUUACACAAAAGAUAAUUAAUGAAUGGAGACAGUGUUAGCUUUAAGCCUGGGGUUAUGGAUACCAGCUUCAUUUCUUUUCAGUAAUUACUGUACUUCCUUUUUUUUUUUUUUUUUUUUGGUGCUGCCACUGAUUCUUAAAAUGAUGAGAAAAUUUUCCAAUUCUCAGUUUGUCUGCUUCGUUUUUUAGUUACUUUAUUAGUUUUGAUGCAGCACCUGUCCUGUCUUUACAUUCAUUGAGUUGUAAACCCCCCCCGACUUGUGUUUCCUGUGGUUUUAAUGUCCAUGCUUCUUUGUUCUGUUUAAAUCUGAGUUCUCUGCAUGUACAGGAUGUUUUAGAGGCAUUUGAAUGUGUGUUAUGUACUAUAAAAGUAGAUAUUGAAUGAGUAUGUAACUGGAGGAUAUAUUAAAAUAUUGAAUCUAUGAAUGAUUUAAGAUGGAUAUUAUUCCCACUGUGUUGAGCAGACCUUGUGUAAUGUGGAUGUUCGUCAAUCCUAAGCAGAGAGGCACUGAUGGACAGAGGCCUGGAAUUUCAAAUAAAUGUUUGCAUUACA